AUGCAGUCGCAGAACCAGAUCCAGAUGUCUUCGGCGCAGGCCAUGUACCACGUGAUCAACACCCCGAUGACUACCGUCAUCAACAGCGCCACCAAUCAGGACCUGAAGCAACAGUUGACGUCAUUGAACGGGGAGAACCAGCAGUUGCGGCGAAAGUUGAAUAACAAGAACAACGAGUGCGAGAAACUGAAGAUCAAAGUCAAAGAAUCCAGGGAUGAGAGCGAACAGUAUAAGCAUCUGAUGAACCAAUUGUCACAAUCGGUGAACUCACUCAAUGGUGGCAACAGUUCCCUGAACCUGUCGAUGGGCGCCGGUAUGGCGGUCGCCGGCACGUCCGCGGCGACGGGCGGUAAGCGGAAAAGGCAGCCCAAGAACCUGCUGUCGUCGGCCUACCAGUGCUGCUGCUGUGAUAGCGAGAAGCCGUACGUCUGUCCGUUCGAGAACUGCGGCAAACGGUUCCGCCAGAAGCCCCACCUCGACGCCCAUCAGGCCAUACACACGGGCCGCCGGUUUGCGUGCGAUUGGCCCCAAUGCGGGAAGUCCUUCGUGCGUAAGUACAACCUCCAGGAGCACCAGAAGCUGCACUCAAGCAUCAACCCAAAUAUGUGCGAUUAUCCCAAUUGUGGCAAAUGUUUUAGCAGCAAAUACAGCCUUUCCCGACACCAGAACGCGCAGCACAACCAGAGUCUUCAGCAGUCGACCGAAAUUCGGCGACAAAUGCUGCUCAGCGGCGAGCAGUAG